UCGCUGUAGUUGCCGUCGUCCAUGGUUCAUCAACACAAGUCAAGCUCGGGUCUACGGCAGACGAACAAGCCUCAUAGUAGUAAGAAGGUGGUGGAUAAGGGAAGGAGGAGCUCUGUGAAGAGCAUUAGAGUUGGAAAUAAGGAGAUUAGUAAACAGGAUAGGAGGAAUCAGGCACGGCAGUUGAGGGAAAAUAGAAGGCAGUCCAUAGUAGCUAAGAGGAGGGUAGCUGAGGGCAAGGACGGCAGCAAGGGGCCCUUGAAUGUGGCGGUAGUGGCAUUUCAUGGUGAGGUCGAUAUGAGGGCAUUGUGGGGGUUUAUUGGGAACGGAAUGGAAUGGAAAGAGGAUGGAGUAAAUGUUGCUGACCUUGGUAGUGUGAGGGUUAUCGCCUCGCCGUUGAGGACGGUGCAUAGCUGUUUGGAUACGGUGUUGGCGAGUGAUGUUCUGGUGGGGGCCUUCGUGGGGGAUAGGCUAUGCGAUCACGAGCACAGUGCAUUUGACGAGCUGGGGUAUGAUAUCCUGACCAAUUUGAAGAUGAAUGGCAUGCCGGGUGAAGUGAUAGGUGUGACGGCGCCGUCCAAGAAUACGGGGGAGGAUUUGCUUUCUGGCAGGCAGCUUGACCUCAGCCUCAAAACAGUUCAGAGGUACCUUCGUUCGGAGGUUCCGCGGGCUCAGGGGAAGGUGUAUAACCUUCCUAAGGAUUCGGAUUCAUUUGUGAAAGGGUUGCAGGCCUGCGUGGGGACGAAUGAUGAGGGCAUGAAAUGGAGAGAGGAAAGGGGUUAUAUGAUAGUGGAUCGCAUCGAGCCAGAGGCUGGUCAGCCCAACGGGCAUUGGGCGGUGUCGGGAUGGGUGAAGGGAACAGGGUUUGCCUGCAACUAUGGGGAGACUUCUGAGGACGGCGAGGGGGCAUGCGUGCACAUCACGGGCUAUGGUGAUGCUAUACUGGAGGGCAUCACGGGGAGUGCUGGGGAAUUGAUCGAUCGACGGUUGUAUGAAGUGGCUCAGAGACUGAGGCCAUAUGAUCCGAGCGAUGAGGAACAGACUUGGCCUACUGAGGAGGAGCUUAAUGAAGCUAACAAGAGAAUGAUUAAAAUGCCUCAAGGUGCUGGUCUCAGCGAAUUUGAGCUUGCUUGGCUGGGAGAGGAGGCUGACGGCGACGAUCAGAUGAUGCUCGAUGAUAAUGAGAGGGCAGCUGUUGAUGACAAGACGGCGGAGCAGCAGGUUGAGGUGAAGCAUAAGAUUGAGAUGGAGAUGCGCUCCAAGGAGGAGAUGGACUUCCCUGAUGAAGUUGAUACCCCCUGUGAUAAGCCUGCGAGAGAAAGAUUCCAGAAGUAUCGUGGGAUGCAGUCUCUCCGUACGAGUACGUGGGAUCCCUAUGAGAGCCUUCCUACAGAGUACAGUAGAAUAUGGGAGUUCGAGAGUUUCUCUGCCACAGCAAAGGCGGCUAAAACUGAGUAUAAGAAUGGCAUUAAGGCGGAGGCUAAGGCGGGGAAUUACGUGACUUUGCAUAUUUCUGGCAUGGAGAGUCUCACUUUCGAUAACCGCGUCCCGUUGGUGGUCUCUUCCCUGUACCGUCACGAGACCCGAGUUACUGUGAUGCAUGCUAGCCUCAGUCGGACGCCGGAGACGGAUGAUGUUGUGAUUAAAUCUAAGGAGGUGGUGUUGCUCCGCUGCGGCUUCAGAAGUCUUCCUGCGAGGCCAACUUAUGCUAGUAACAUCCGAGGUUCGAGCAGCUCGGGAGGGGCAGCUGAUGAAAAGGGGAGGAUGCUGAGGUUCUUCCACCCAAAUCCGAAGGCAACUACUCUGGCCUGUUUCUAUGCGCCGGUUAUGUUCCCUCCGGCGCCUUGUCUGAUGUAUACAGCAGAUGGUAAACGGCUGACAGCUUGGGGGAGUGUUGAGGGCUCUUUCCCUGCUAAGGUCCUCAUCAAGAGAAUUGUCCUUACUGGAUACCCUUAUCGCGCCCACAAGAGCAAAUCAGUGGUCCGAUUUAUGUUCUUUAAUCCUGAUGAUAUCAACUGGUUCAAGCCGGUGGAGCUUCAGUCUAAGAAGGGUCUUAGGGGGCAUAUAACGGAGGCCUUGGGGACGCACGGCUACAUGAAGUGUCGAUUCAACGGUCAAGUUACUCAGGACGACACAAUUGUUAUGCCGUUAUAUAAGAGAGCCUUUCCCAAAUGGUACCCACCGUCCUGGGGGAUGACCGAAACGUAUAAGCCUACUGAUGAGUGAAUGCUCUUACUACUGUUGUAUAUUCCUACUACUAC